GGGCGACAGAAUGAAGGGCCAGGCAGGGCGGUGUUUCAGAGCGAGCACAAAGAGAGGGAUGAAAGGGGAAGAAGAUCGUCAAUAAAUAGUCAUGGGCAAUCGGGCUGGAUCGUCAUUCCCCAUCAUCCUGCCCCGGCUUUCGAGAUUGGGUCGAACCCACCGGCAGCGUCACAUGGCGUUUGCUGCGGCAUCUUCCUCUAUCUUUGGCUCCGCAGUCUCGUCGCAGUCGAGGAUCGUGGAAGUCUCCAAGCCCCAACGACUCCAAAUACUUCGACGACGCGAAGAUACGGCCUCGACAGGUACCGGUACCUCCUGCCCGGCCGCAUUUUGUACCCACCGUCGGGUACCUAUACCGCCCGGGACCAACAACAAACAACAAACAGGGUUACAUCUCUAGCGCCAAGGGGACGGUGACAUCGCGAUAAGCCUUGGACGGGGCGAUGAGACUGUUUCACUCUGCCGUUAGCCUCAUCCUGGCAUUUCCAUCGCCUCGACUGAUCAGAUGGACUCGUAUCGGCUG